UUUGUUGCUCUGCUGCUGUUUCUGGUUCUGCUUGGGCAGCUCCAGCUGUAGUCGCAAUGCCCCGAUGACAUCAUAGAGUGCUCACACAAUACACAUACGCCCUGUUGCCGCGCUCCGCUCUCGCUCAGUAAACUCACGCAACUCUCUCACACACUGUUCACUCUGUCUGUUUUGCUGGCUGCCCGCCAGUUACAAUGGAAACGCAGACACUGCAGAUCAAACUGCUGCCCGCCCAAACAGCGGAGGAGCGUGCUCGCAAUAUUAUUGCCAAUAUUGUGGUCGAGGAUCAUCAUGCCACACUUGUGCCCUACAUCGAUGAACAUGAGCCCCAUGAGAAGGUUACACUGCUAACCCAAGUGGAGGCAGCUCCCAAGUCUCCGCCUCGUUUGCGCUACUAUACGCCGGGUCCGUCCACCUACAAGCUGCUCUGUCCGUUGUGCCACGAGAGAAGCGAGGCGGCUGUGAUGCGUGCCGCAGGUUGCAAGGAUGCCAGCUGCUGUCUGAGCUUGCUAUCCUGCAUCUUUCCCGUAUUCUGGAUCUGCUGCAUCUGCACCUGGUGCGGCUGCAAUCGCGAGUGGACCACCAAGGGCGUCUAUUGCAGCCGCUGUGGCGGCAAAGUGGGCAUCCAGAGCAAGUCCGAUUAGGUCAAUUAAUGUGCUAUAAAUGCCAGACAUUCUUUUGUUUUUAAUUCUAUUACGCAUCUAACUCAAUUAAAGACGCGCUACAAAUCAACACGACUGUACGCUCUCUCAAUCAUUCGCUCGC